AUGCCAUUCAGUGUGGCCUUAGUAUCUAGCGAUGAAGGUUCAGCACGUUAUAUUGAUUUGUUUAAGCAACUAAAACUUAUAUCAGCACAAGAAAAUCAACGCGAAUAUGUUGUACAUUACGUAAUGGCUGAUGGUGCACCUGGAAUAACCAGAGCUCAAAAGGAGAUUUUCUCUCAAGCACGACGUCUUAUGUUGGGCACAUGUCGCUCGAAAAUGCCGAGAUAUGCAAACAUUCAAUUGGACUAG